AUGGCUCAAACAAGAAUGCCUUGUCAAGCCGAGCUGGCCGAAAUGGUCAGCAGGCAGUAUCAUAGGUUCCCGACGGAAACGUUGGAGCUCACACGGAAAGCACUCGAAGACCCUGAGCCCUACCGCCUCUUCCAGCACAUGGAGAACCUCAUCUCCAUGCGUAGAAUUGAUGACUUGCUGAGGAAGAACGCGGAGUUCCGGGGCCUGCUGGCUGACAUGUACGGCACGCGGUACGAGUGGCUGCGCGAUGCGGACCUCGGAGGGGCCCGCUGGCAAGAUGCCCGCGAGAGUGCGACCGAAACCCUGGCCGCGCGAGCCAAGGAGUCUGAAAAAGAACCCGCGGCCGUGGAGAAGACCAAGAGAGACCUCAUGGUCGAAAAACUUGUCGAGGGCGGUGAUGAUGUCGGCAGGUGGGCCGGGGUCUUGGGCUUCGUAGGCGUUCCGUUCUCGCAAGCCGAGAUCCAAGCGGCCGCGACGAGAAUGAAGACCACAAGCGCCGGCCUGUUCACCGAAGAUCGUGCUGGGUACGGAGCCGGUGAGGCGAGAGAGGAUGUCGGCGGAGUUGACCCUACUGCGUGCCCCGACGGACCUGAAGGCACAUACGGCCCGUCGUCACACAUCGGCAUGGCAAGGCAGCUCGCGGCGAUGUCCAAAGAACACAUCCAGCCUCCUCCUGUACCAAGGGCGCCAGCAGAGGGCGGGAAAGCGCCACGGAACCCUUUCACGACGGAGUGGCGGGCUCGCGACGCACCGGACGGCUGGAAGUUCCCGGCGACGUUCGAACCCUAUUACAACAGCAACCAGUACAUCCGUCGGUCCACGAAGUACAAGCUACCAGAGAUUGAGCAAAUGGUCGACGGCGUCGAUGACAAUGAUAGUGGUGAUGGUGAAGACCCCGGUGACGAGGCUCCUGGGUCUGUCGACGGUUCCGACAGCAUUGGCUGGACUUGCCACUGCGACUCGACUCAAGCCCGUCAGGGUAACAGGUACAAGAUCACGUAG